AUGGGGGCUGUGGAGCGCCCCGAGAUAACGGCUGGGUUUGUCGACUUCGAUGCAGGCCAUCGGGAUCUGGUUACUGUCACCAGAUUUAACUUCUAUGGCAACCGUAUUGUCACAGCUUCGUCCGAUCACCGCAUGAAAGUUUGGGAUCUCAAGGAGGGCCAAUGGCAACUCAUAGAUACCUGGCGCGCCCACGACGCUGAGAUUCGCGAUGCUACAUGGAAUGGCCCCUUUACAGGCCAACAUAUUGGCAGUGUCGGAGAGGACAUGAAGUUAAAAAUCUGGCAAGAAGAUGUAACUCAGUCACCAAACUCCGGACGGCGUUUCAGGUCAAUCUUUCGCAUGACCGCGCCCCAUAGGCAUCCGUUUGUAUCGCUCGAUUUUCGCAACAUCGACCUCGAGUCUUGGCUGGCUGUGAUCACACGCGAUGGCUACCUCAUGAUCAUGGAACCUGUCAGCCCUGAUAGCCUUGCAGACUGGCAGGCCGUUGAUCAAUUCCGAGUUUGCACCGCCCCCGAACGCGGGGAGGAAACCAGCUUUAAGGUCCAGUUCCAUCAUGAUCCCACCGACAUCACGCAUACUAUCUUGCCGGACUCGGACCCGAAGAGUCUGUCGCUCAUUGUGGCUGCCAUGGACACUGUGAAAAUCUAUCGCACUGACACAAACCGGCGAUUCUACCAUGCAAUUGAGUUAAAUGGCCACAGCGGCCUUGUGAGAGACAUAUCCUGGGCCAACGGCUCCGUGCGUGGCUACGACCUUAUCGCGAGUGGCGGUAAGGAUGGUUUGGUUCGCAUCUUUGAAGUAUACACAGUGCCUGCUGGUCAAGCAUCCCAGAGCACCAACAGCCGGAAAGCCGACCGCCGCAUGCAGUCGCAGAGGCAGACACAGUCACCAACCCUACGCGCGACAUCGCAAUCCGGGAUAGGCUCUGCUCUAGCCAGUCGUGCCCCUGCGUCGGUGGCCGAUCGCCAAGCUAACGGAGAUUCGCUGUUCCGGCACUCGUUCAAACAGGUCGCUUGUAUCGACACGAAACACCUCGAUGUAUGGCAGGUUCAGUUUUCGUUCUCUGGUGACUCAUUGAUCUCAUCUGGAGACGAUGGCACAGUUCGAUUUUGGAAAAGGUCUUUGUCUGGAGACUGGCUCGAAUUUGCCGAAACCGACCUGGCUUCUCAGUGA